CCCUCCCUCUCCCUCGGCGUCGGCGUCUGCGUCUGCGUGCGUGCGGUGCUCCGUGGACUGCAUAGCGGCGGCUACCGGCUACCGGCUUUGCAUGCUAUCUAUAUAUACAAACACGGAGGCAACAUCCCUGCUUGUCUCCAUCCAUCCAUCCAUCCAUCUCUCAAAUAUAAUCGAUCUCAUUCAUCCAUCCCAAAGUUGCAAUCCCCCACCCAAAGCUCCGACCCAUCGACCUGCUCUGCUAUGACUCUGCUGUCGCCGCCGGGGGCACUCAUCGACCACCCAAAGCUCCUGCCGACGAGCCCUAGCAGCAGCAGCAGCAGCAGGGACCAUCGUCUCAUCUUCAGCACUCUCAGCGUCGUCGACGACAUGCCCAUGCCCAUGCCCAUGCUCCCGCGGUCGCCCAAGCUGCUCAGGACCAACUCCUCCAAGAAGGUCCCGGCGGCCAGCAACCUGGAGCGGGCGCUCCUCAGCUUCAAGUCCUGGGAGACCAUCGACGACGCCACCAAGCCCGCCGCCGUUCCGAUUCCGAUUCCGCCGUCGCCCGUGCAGCGCCGCAUCCACGGCGCCAGGCCGGGACGCCUGGCCCUCCACAGCCCCACCAUGGCUGCUGCUGCUGCUGCCGACGACAACUCCCUGCUGCUGCUGCGGUCCCCGCUCCACGAGGCCGCCGCCACCCGGGUGCAGAAGAUGUUCAAAGGCCACCGCACGCGCCGCACCCUGGCCGACUGCGCCAUCGUCAUCGAGGAGCUGUGGUGGAAGCUCUGCGACUCCGCAUCGCUCGACCGCACCUCCAUCUCUUUCUUCACCGCCACCGCCGGCGGGGGAAAGCAGGAGACGGCCGCGUCGCGCUGGGUCAGGGCCGGCAAGCGCAUCGCCAAGGUCGGCAAGGGACUCUCCAAGGACGACAAGGCGCAGAAGCUCGCGCUACGCCAUUGGCUAGAAGCGAUCGACCCUCGGCACCGGUACGGCCACAACCUGCACCUGUACUACGACAUCUGGUUCCAGAGCUCCAGCACGGAGCCAUUCUUCUACUGGCUCGACAUCGGCGGCGGCAGGGAGAUCCAUCACCCCAGCUGCCCCAGGACCAAGCUCAACUCGCAGCUCGUCAUGUACCUGGGAAUCAACGAGCGGGCGGCGUACCAAGUGGUGGUCGACGACGGUCGCCUCACGUACCUGCAGACCGGGCUGCCCGUCAACACCACCGACGACUCCAAGUGGAUCUUCGUGCUCAGCACCACCAGGUCGCUCUACGUCGGCCAGAAGCGCAAGGGCCACUUCCAGCACUCGAGCUUCCUCGCCGGCGGCGCCACGUCCGCCGCGGGCAGGCUCGUCGCCAAGGACGGCGUGCUCAAGGCCAUCUGGCCCUACAGCGGCCACUACCUCCCCACGGAGGAGAACUUCAACGAGUUCAUCGCCUUCCUGCAGGAGAACAACCUGGAUCUCACAGACGUCAAGAGGUGCUCCGUGGACGACGACGAGUACCCGUCGCUCAAGCGGAAGCACCAGAGCAUGGCAGCUGAGGAGGAGGAGGAGGAGACAGCAGCAGCAGGCGCUGUGGUGGAUGGCAACGAGACCGCCGGCAGCCGUGCCGCGGCGGCGAAAUGGACGACCGGCGCCGGCGCGCGCAUCGGCUGCGUCCGGGACUACCCGGCGGAGCUGCAGAGCCGGGCGCUGGAGCAGGUCAACCUGUCGCCCAACCGUCCGAAGCCGCCGUGCCCGCUGCAGUCGCCGUGGGCGGGCAAGGCGCCCAUCCCGUCGCCGCGUCCCAGCCCGCGGAUCAGGCUGUCGCCGCGGGUGCAGUACAUGGGCGUGCCCGCGGCGAGCCCCGCCGGCGUGCGGCCGCCGCCGCACAAGCAGCAGUGCCUCGGCCUCGGCCUCGGCAUCCGCCCGCCCACGGUGCACCUGACGCUGCCCAGCAACAAGAACGGCAGCAAGGCCACCAGCACCACGUCACCAGCCAAUCACUGACAUCAAAAGUUUUGUUCUUGUCCUCGGAAGUAGUACGUGCUCGCUGUAGAUAGCUAGCAAGAGUUUUAACAUUUAAUUAAUUCCUACAUUUCUUUGUAUUGUUGGUCUGUUCUGUUCAUAAACUGACCUCAAAUCACUACACAGCACAGACUGGAUUUUUUGUU